AUGGCAGACGUCCCUGUGCCAGAGACCACUGCAGAAGAAGAGUUCGAACUUUUUGGUCCAGGACCAGCUGUGGCAGCGCCUGAAGCGGCUGCUCAGCAGGAAGCGAAUCCGUUUGCUCCUGUGCAAGGUCCGGCUCCUGCUCCUCCGCAAGCAGCACAGCCUUCUGUACCAGCGGCGGGUUCGCCAUCUGGUGCUACUGUGCCUCCUGUGCAAAGUCCAAAGCCGUCGGCUCCACCUGUUCAGAGUCCGAAGGCUGCUGCUCCGAGUAGCAGCUCUGGUUCUGCAAGUUUUACGCCUGAGCAGAUGCCUGGAUUCAUGAUGGAAUUGCUUCGUCAGCAGAGAGAGAUGAUGGCAAUGAACCAGCAGCUCGUUGCGACGAUGCUCCGGAGAAUGGAUCUGGAGGAAGAGAGAAGGAACAAAGCGGAAGAGAAAGUUCACGAGGCAGCUGAAGCGGCCAAGCAGGCAGCAGAGGCAGCUAAGACUCGGGACCCCUUCCAGCCGAGCACUGCUCCCGCGAGCAGUUCUGCCGCGAGUUCGGCAGUUUCUCCGGCAGUUCCGUCUCCCUCUGGGUACUCUGGUGCUGGAGGCCGUGCAGAGAAGUAUCUGCCGAACCUUCCGGUGAUAGACCAUCAAGGCAUGGGGAAAGGGCGCAUGAAGGAGGUAGAGACUUGGCACUCCUUUAUGGAGACGCUGAGUUCCUGGCUUGCCCUGCAGGAAGAAGCGUUUGUUCGGGAACUGCAGCUUUGUAUCCCUGUGAAAAAGGAGAUUGUGCAAGCUGACUUGAAUCCCGAGACUGCCGCGCGUAGCUCCAAGCUGUUCUACUACUUGACGCAAUCCCUCGCCAAGUGGGAGCAAGGAAGCGAGCUCUUGAGGUCCUGCUCGAAGAGGCAGGGACAGAGCGCCUGCGGCUACGAGGUGAUUAGAACGAUUACCUCUCAGUACUCCAUCGUGUCGCGGAUGGAAGCUGUCUUCGUGAGAGAACAGGCUUUGAAGUUGUACCAGCACGUUGGGCAUCUGAAGAGGCCCACCGACUUGAUUCGACAUCUUGAGGAUUCGUUUUCGAAGUCUGAAGCGAAGCUGAGCAACUUUCCGGAGCUUCAGCUGUCUGAGGCUGACCGCUGCUCUUACGUGGUACUGCACGGGUCCAGCUCGAACUGGGAAGCUCUUCGAAGGACGCUGACUUACUACGAGGAGCAGCUGCGACUGUGUGAGGCCCCUGGGUCUUCGGGCCGAGCCUUGCAGGAGAAGCUUUGCGACUACUGCGGGAAGAAGGGACACACAGCCGACAAGUGUUGGCAGCGCCAAAAGGAAGAACGCGAACGCGGUGGUGCUCCGAAGGGCAAAGGGAAAGGAGACAAAGGAAAGCCGAAAGGCAAAGGCGACCAGACUCCCAAGGGAUCUGGCACGCCCCAGCCGGAGUCCGAGGCCGAGUCGGGAGGAAGCGCCACAGUGAUGGCGAUGAGGUUUUCCUGUCCUGGGCGUGGUUCUUCGGAGCCCUCUUCUUCGGAACGCCGUGUUCUGAGCCAGCCUGAGAGACCUGAGCCGUCCGCCCUUGUAGUUCCGAAGCCGGGUUCAGGACCCGAAGGGUCGCCUAGGUCUGAGAGUCGAGGUUCUGAGUCUAUGGGCUCCUUAGGAUCCCGUGUGUUGAAGCACGGCGACGUAGCUCAUGUCUGCAAGGCCCUCGAGACUACUCCUGGGGACCUGUGGCUAGUCGAUAGUGGAGCCACCUGCCACAUUGUUUCAGACAAGCAUCUCUCAGGAUUUCGUGUUGUCAAGAAGUACGACCGAACGGCCAAUCUGUUCAACGCCUCGGGUGGUGCGAUCGUCGUUUCGGGGGUUGUCGACCUUGAGGUUCAUUUUGGGGAUGUUUUCCUGAGGUUGGAAGAGGUCUUGGUGGCGGAUGUUGGGUUCAACGUUGUUUCGCCUUGGACCGGGUCGGAACGGGGCUGGAAAACCUAUCUAGCCAAAUCGGGAUCACGAUUGUACAAAGGAAACGGAAAGAAGAGCAUCAAGCUGAUGGGCGCUUCGCGCGCCUGGUGGGCUCUGAGCGGGAGGUCCAAAGGCCGGGGGAAAGAGAAUUCUUCCAGACGCCCCCCGAAAGGGAUCGAGGAUAUGGAGAUAGAUGCCUUGAAGGACCGCGACCUGCUAGGAUCGAGCAAGGAGUCCACCGCAGGACCCCAGAAGCCUGGAGAAGGAAUCCUGAAGAAAGGAAGAAAGACUUCGGAAGAAGACGAGUCUGGCCGCCACGCUUUGGCUGCCACUCCUUUUGGGUUUCUGCUUCGGGGUCUUAGGGUGGAAGUUGCUCCAAGAGCGCCUGCACCACGGGAGAUUGAGCUUUGUGAUUUUCUAGAAGAAUCUAGUGACUUUAGGCAGUGCACGGCGCUUGAUUUUAGGAAACAGUCGCAUGUUGGCAUGUCGCUUGAUUUUAGGAAACAGUCGCAUGUUGGCAUGGCUCUUGAUUUUAGGAAACAGUCGCAUGUUGGCAUGGUGCUUUGCAUGUUUCGGGCAUGUUUUUCCAUGAUUUUGCGAUUGCUCAAGCGGGCUUUUACCCUUACGGUUUUUGCAGAACGACUCGGCAUACGCCUCUUUUUCCUGCUAUGGGAAACUAUCUGGGCGGAUCAAAGCAAGAAUGCGAGCACCGGUGCGAGGUGUGCGGAAAGCAGGUUUGCAUCAGACGCAAACCUGCACACACCCAUCAUUAUUGUUGGGCCUGCAUUCAACACUGGUCUGGGUUGCAAUGGCUACGUGCCCACGACGAAGUUCCAGAUUCGAGCUAUGCUGAGAGCGAUGCCGAUGGCGGUUGGGUCUUGCUUGAUGGAAAGUAGAGAAGACCGACCCUUCAGCCACAAGAGGGUAGAAAAAGGGUUGCGAAAGCAGUUGCCGGAGCUUAGGAAGCAGCGGCGUGAGCCUAGGAAGCAACUGCGUGAGCCUAGGAAACAGCUGCGUGAACCUAGGAAACAGUGGCAUGUUGGCAUGUUUGGCUUGAUUUUGCAAACGCUGAUGUUGCCGAAUCCGUUUUUCUCUUUGGUGAAGAGAGGUCUCCCUUUGGAGAUCAUAAUGGACGGUGCCAGCGGGGACGAGUUUACCCCGAGUGUUGCUUUGAGCAGUCCAGGCUCUCCUGGGAAACCGCCUACUCCACCGGCUUUGGAGAGCCCCUCUUUCGAACUACCGGGGGUCGAGCCGCCGGGUGGGGGACCAUCGUCGCCGGUGGCUGUCUACCCGUCGCCAGUGGUGACGGAAGCAGCGGAGAGCCCGUUGCUGGCGGAUUCUGCAGAUGGCCCUUCGCAGGCAGAUGUGGCUGGAAGCCCUGUGGAGGAGAAUACUGCGAGGAGUCCGCCGAAGGCGGAUAUUGCAGAGAGCCCUUUGUUCUCAGAGAGCGAAGGGGAGGAGAGUUGGGGCCACCAAUGGCCGAAUCCCUCGAAGCGCCUGCGCGCUGGGGUUCCUUCAGAGGUCGAGGGGCCUACGCCACCUCGGGUUGGAAUCCCGGCGAACAUCUCGCCGGGUUCGCUGAGCCCUCCGUUUGGUGCGCUUCAGAUGGAUGUGGGAACCCAACUCCUCCUGAGAGCGUUGAGGCUGGAGGCUGGCCGCAGAUGGGAGCAUGCGGAAACACUAGGCCUUGCAAAGGUCUCGGUCGACUCUACCGAGCCUAUUCCGUUGCUCUCGCACUUGGCGGGGAUUCCAGCGAACAUGAACGAUGCCUACGAUGCCCCAUCCCUGGCGUUCUGUGCUCCAGGCCACGCCUUGAGAGCACUUUGCUCUCCGACAGCGACGAUGCUCGGUCCGAUAGGCCUGCCCGACCUAGAGCAUCCAGCUGCUUGGCUACCAGCCACUCCAGUGAUUCCGGUGACAGCGGCCUAUCCAGAGGAACCAUUGAGGGUUUCGAGGCCGAAGAUGGUGGAAUCGGAAGCCCAAUGUAUCAUUGGGCAGCAGGAAUGGGAGGUUUGGUUGGGACGUCGCCUAGAGGGCAAGAGCCUAGCAGAGUACGGGCUGCAUAUGGAGGACGUGGUGUUCGCAGUCAGGGUUACCGAACUUCUGGAGGCUCCACGGGCCGCUCGGGCGGCGUGGAAACGAAGGUUCCAGGAACCCAACCCUGUAUCUAUGUUACACUAUCUCUUCCAUUGUCGAGCUGUAUUGCAAACCUAUCUGGCUACGCCUGCUGGAUACAGGGGACUGGUGGGAGCGCGUUCGAGUCUGCUCGUAAAGGUGCCCCAGUCGGUCACCUCGCUCGAGCUCAAAACGGCUUGGGCAUACCUAGACUCGGGCAUAUACCUCCGUGUUGCCCGGUAUUACAGGCGAAAACGGGAGGAGGAGCGCCUCCACGAGGCCCGGGAAUCCAUGCGAGCGGCAAGGGCCAAAUCGGCAGCGAUCCCUCAGGGCUCAACGAUGGAGGGAGAAGUUACGGCGCUGAACAGGGCCCAGGGCCAAGAAGAUUUAUCAGACAUCGCGAUAUGGCGAACGUUGGAAGAACUUACAGGCCAGAGGCUGUCCCAAUUGGAUGGCUUUGUUGGGGCCGACGAGGGAAAUCAGCCCGCAGAGGCGGGACAGCCGGCACCGCCGAGCCCGGCUCCGUCCUCGGUGCCACCAGGAGAACUGGUUGCUACUGCAUUCAACCUCCCGAGGGUUUCGGCACCCAUGCUUCCGGAGGGGAUGCAAAGAGAGGACUAUCAAAGGCACGGUGUGAACAUCCCUCCGUCUGUUCCACCACGAUCUCGUCUACCAACGCCUCCGAGAGCUCUGAGUGCUUCUGCCACAGGACAGACUGCCCAGGAACGGGCAUUUGUGCUCAGCCCGCCAUCUUUCAGCCACAGUCAAGUGACUGCGCAGGCGAGGCAGAUCCUAGAAGAGGGCCAACGGCUCUUGGAGUGA